CUCCCCCAAAGCCAUGUCCUUGGCAUGGUAGGCAGCCAGGGACAUGGCCUCGCACAGCCCUGGAAUCCUGGGAGAAAGCAGUGACCCGAGGCAGGAAGGGCAGAGCUGAGGGGACAGGCCAGGAUUUAUGUCUCCCAUCUCCUCUGACCCACUCAGCUGCCUCUUAGCACGUGGAGUUUUCCACACCAGGGGGCCUCCCACCUAGUUUCCUCCAAAACCUCCACCCUUCCCUCCCUUUGUCUUUCCCCUUUCCUCUCCUUCCUCCUCCCCUGUGCCCCUUAGGGGAGGUGGGGGCUGCUAGGUAUGGUGUGGAGUCAGUGGGUUCUUGGGAGAAGUCAGGAACGCAGGACGUCCAGGUUGUAGCCUCAGAAGGAAGGUUGGGACCAGUCCCCACCCAGCCUGUUUUGCCCCACACCCACCCCGUGCCAGGCUCAGCAUGGGCCUGUCUUGCUUCACCACAUACCUCUCGUUCCACAGGCAAGCCAACCCAGCUCGGGGGGAUCCAGGAGGAGCCUGACACAGGGAGGGGAGAAUGGGGGUUACACUUCAGCUCAGGGAUGACCUGUGUGUAGGAUAGGCCCCUUAGAAACAGCCCCAGCCACGUUCCCCAGAAAAGAACUAGAGCAGUCCCAGCUGCGGCCUUGGGGAAAGAAGUGAGUCCAGUCCACACCAGGACAGGUGCUCAGCCUCAGCUUGGGGUGGGGACCCAGAGAUUUCUAACCUCGUAAUUAAUGGUCUGGUGACAGUUCUGAUAACUGAGCUGCCUAGAUUAGCCACACGUUCUGGGCCUGUGAUUUACUCCACACGGGGCCCCUUGGCAGCAAGAUCAAGCUUGUUGCCGAAAGUCAAAGAUCAACCCAACAAGGGGGGAGACACAAGUUCAGGAAGUUGAAGUUUGAAAGACAGCAACCUGCUGGUGGCCUCACGCGGGCCUGCAGCUCCCAGACACAGGACAGUCACCCAGUAUAGAGCAGUUCACACGUGCGGGGAGCUGUUGACCUGUGGUCACGACAACCUAUGAAGGUGAGUAGUUGUUACAGUUCAACUCUUGAUACAACCUAUGAAGGUGAAUAGUUGUUACAGUUCACAGACGCAGAAACAAGUUCAAGGGCCUCAAACUGCAUGUGCAUGUCACUUUGGUAAACGGUGGGGCCUAGCUUGAAUCCAGGUUGAACUCCAGAGCCAUGGGUUUCUCCCAGAUACCCCGUUCCGUUAGUCAACCCUAACCUUCCGUGGAGACUUAAUGCCCCAACCCCUUGAUCUCUGAGUUUCUUGAAUUAUCAUCAACAUCCAGAGGUGGUGGCUCUGCUCCCUCGGUCUGUCCCCAUUGAAGGCUGCAGUCGGCCUGUCUGUGGUCACUGUGUGUCUCUUGUCUCGCAGUUACCUUGUCUCUCCUUGUCCCUCUUCCAUUCUCUGGGCCCCGAUGAAAGCUGAGUCAGAGACACUUCCCCUUGGCUCCCACUGCCUCUCAUGGGGGCCCCUCCUUGGCAGUAUCCGUUAGUCACUCCCUGUAAGGCCUCUCCCCCAACCCUCGCGGGGCGGGAGCCCAGUGGCUGGGGGAGGAGGUGGACUUUUGGCCGGUUUCGUUUAUUCCCUGCAUCUCCUGUCAACAGCUGCGGAGCACUUCUGGCUCAUUCCUCUGACUGACCUGCAGGGAAGCCGAGAAACCCAGAGAAGAGGCAGAAGACAGACCCCAGCCCCAGGCACCUUGCCUCCCACCCCUCCCUACCUCCUCUCUCCCCGGCCUGCCUCAGCACGCUUCCUUGUCUACAGCCCUCCAAGCUCCUCAGGGGCUCAGCCCCUCCCCAGCUGCCCCUUGGGCCCUGCAUCCCACCAUGUCCAUGGCUGUGGAAACCUUCGGCUUCUUCACGGCAGCCCUGGGGCUGCUGAUGCUGGGGGUAACCCUGCCACACGGCUACUGGCGAGUGUCCACCGUGCAUGGGAGCGUCAUCACCACCAACACCAUCUUCGAGAACCUCUGGUAUAGCUGUGCUACUGACUCCCUCGGAGUCUACAACUGCUGGGAGUUCCCAUCCAUGCUGGCCCUCUCUGGGUACAUCCAGGCCUGCCGGGCGCUCAUGAUCACAGCCAUCCUCCUGGGCUUCCUGGGCCUCUUCCUAGGCAUGGUGGGGUUGCGCUGCACAAACAUCGGGGGCAUGGUGCCCUCCAGGAAAGCCAAGCUGGCAGCCACCGCGGGAGCCCUACACAUAUUGGCUGGUGUCUGCGGGAUGGUGGCCAUCUCCUGGUACGCCUUCAACAUCACCCGGGACUUCUUCGACCCCUUGUAUCCCGGAACCAAGUACGAGCUGGGCCCCUCCCUCUACUUGGGCUGGAGCGCCUCCCUGCUCGCCAUCCUGGGCGGCAUCUGCCUCUGCUCCAACUGCCGUAGCGCUCGCGACGGGAACCCUACCGCCAGUGCCGGUCUUCCCUACAAGGCAGCCCUGCCGUCCGCCGGCUUUCCUGCCCGCCUUCACCCCGCGUCUUCAGAUGAGGAAGGCGACAGCAGCUUUGGAAAGUACGGGAAAAACGCUUACGUAUAAGACGCCUGUGGACCCCAUUCCCUUCCCACUGCCCCCAGUAGAGAGGGGUCCCCCAGCUCCGGGCUGCUGGCACCUACCCCUGCAAGCCGUGCCUAGCUGACUGCACCUCAGGCCACGCCUCCCCGGUCGGAGCCCCGCCUUGGUCACGCCUGCUUCGUCUGUCCAAUAACCUGCCUACUGAGGACUUCCCUGGGAGAUCCUGAGGCCGAUCCCUCUUUGUCUUCUGGCUCUAAGCGGCUGAGCGGGCAGGGCAGGGACUUGCCUGUGUGUUUGUAUUCUAAACGGAUGCAUAAAUAAAUUUGUACUGUGAACUGUU